AUGCCGUUUAAUGGCAAGCCCAAUGGGCGGUUUGAGCUCCCUGCUCUUACAUCCUUUGAUUUCAAUUUGACAGAUGGAACGGAUAUCCCACCGCCGCUUCCAGAUUCUCCAAUAGAAGAAGAGGCAAUUAAAUCGACCACUGCAUCUGCACAUGCAUCUGCGGCAUCGACACCUGUAUCCGUCCCUCAGAAUACUGAUCCCGUUCGAUCCACUACAAGCACGCCUCCCACCUCGGCGUCAGCGUCAGCAAAUGGCCAUUCUGAUUUUGCUCCUCUCACGGCAACGAAAUCUCAUGGUUUCUCCAAUCUUACUACGACAAAAUCCCAUGGCUAUUUCCCACCCAACAUCUCAUCUCCUCGCAACCAUGCCCCUCCCGUACGCGCAAGAGCCCCUUCAGAUGUCGCUGUUUCGAACACUCCCACACGACCUGAAAAGGAAAGCAGCAUCCGCAAAUUUCUCUCUCGAAAAUCGUUCAACUCAAAUUACACAAGUGGAAAUGCGAAAUCGCAUGAGGAUUUGUCAAAGAUGGUGAGACCGGAGAGUCCAAGUAGUCUCGCGAGCAGCAAACCUAGUUUCGUGAAGAGGAAGAGCGGAAGCUGGUUUAGGAGCUUUGGGAGCAGCAGUAAGAGAAAUAGCGUGGUGUAUGUAGACAAGCCCGUGGUGUAUACUCCCACCCUGCAACGAACUCCGGAGAUUCAAAAGGAAAAUACCAAGCCGGUGUACACCAAGCCAAGUUACACCAAGCCAGGUCCACCUCCGCCAAAAUUACCGGAGCUAAAUCAGUUGAAGGCAAAAAUUGCGGAUGAUGAUCGUGGUAGCUUGGGCGGCGAUGAGAUGUUCAGAAAUAUUUCGUAG